AUGAUUGCUGUGCAGGGAGUCUAUCGACUUGCUUGUCAGGCUGCAAUGCAGAGGCAGUCCCAGGAUGAGAUCCAGAAGCUCUCAUGCAUUGGUGUACAUCAGAAUCUAGCUUGCACAGCUUCGGGAAUGGAACAUGUCGCUACGUUAGCGUGUCUAGCGAGAGAUCAUACAUCAGGGUCUCACCCGAGCUGGCUUCGGAGACUGAUACUGCUGCGGUCUUGUGCGCUCAGAAACCUCUUGACCACAAAUUACAACAGGCCUGCAACAGCAUCUAUGAAGGAAAGGCACUUUUCGGAGGCAUAGAUAAUCGACAGGACUAUGCAGACAACGAAAAAUGUAACACAUAUGAUCCGAGACGCAGGCCGUGGUACUUGAAUGCCUUGGCAGUUCAGAAAUCACUCUACAUUGUUUUGGAC